ACAAAAAUAUGUUAUUUAGUUUAGCAUUAAUAGUUUUAAUAUUUAGUCUUACUGGUAAAAAUGCUUCUGCAACAGAUGAUGUAGAAUUCUAUUAUUACAAUAAACUUAAUGAAAAUGGAUCAAAAAUUUUUAUAGGAAAUAUGGAAUCCUUGAAGGAAUUUGAAGCAAAUCUUCCUAUUAGAAUUAUCAUUCACGGUUGGCAUGGUAGUCAUAAUUAUUAUCCAAUAAAAAUUUUACGGGAUGCUUAUCUUAAAAAAGGAAAUAUAAAUGUAAUUGUUGUAAAUUGGAAACAAGCAAUUAAUAUUCAUUAUUUAGGUGCACAUAUUGCUGGUUUAACUGGUAGAAAUUUAUUACCAAAUAAAAUUGAUACAAUUUAUGCUUUAGAUCCAGCUAGAUUUUUAUUAGAUAAUAAUGAUUUCAUAAAAUUAAAUGAUGCCCAAUAUAUUGAAGUAAUUCAUACUAGUGCUAGAAUAAUAGGUGCUGGAAUACGUGAAAAAAUUGGUAACUCUGAUUUUUAUCCUAAUUACGGAAAAAUACAACCGCACUGUCAAAAAGUACUUAAUAUGAUUACAUGUGAUCAUAUUGCUUCUGUUUUAUAUUUAGCUGAAUCGAUAAAUUCUAAUAUUGGUUUCUAUGGUACAGAAUGUGAGAAAAUACAAAAAUUAAUAUAUAAAGUAGAGUGUGAAUGUAUUAAUGAUGAUUGCUUCUUAAAUUCAGCAAAUAUAGAAUGA